UGGUCUGGACUUGUUCUUCAGAACGUUUCAGAUCUUUUCCUGUAAACUGAGUUUGUCAGUGAACAUCCAGCUGGAUUUCCUGGAGUCCAGAGGUCACCAGGCCUUUUCUGUUAGAGCGCCCCCUCUCUGUGGAACAAUUCCCCUGAGGACCAACUCUUUUAAAGACACCUCCUCAUCGAUCGAAGUUGCUCAACUUUUGGAUGUUACCCCGGACUCUGGUGAGUCACUGGUUUUGUGGAAACUGAACCUCGAGGGUUUAAAUGAAGCGACGCCGACGCUGGAGAAUCAUUCAGCGACAGAAGCCGAGAUGAAACCGCUGAAAGUGCUCGUGUGUCUGGGUUUGGUUUGUGUCGUGGCGUCCACGCCGGUCGACCCGAGAGGAUCUCGUCCGGUGGAGCCCGGCACCGGGUCCGACAAAUGUGCCACCCAGAAGGAGUGGCCCUUCUGCACAGACGACGACUGGGGCCACAAGUGCCCGUCAGGCUGCAGGAUCCAGGGUCUGAUGGACAAAUCCGACCACGGUCUGAUGAAGAAGGUCGAGAAGAUCCGCAGGAUCCUGGACGAGAACCGGGUCAAACACCGGUCCACCGACCAGGUGUCCAAACAGACGUACGACUACCUGAAGGACAAACUCACCAUUGACUCAGGUCACGACAGCGGCUACCAGAACUUGGCCCAUGGUCUGCGACAGAGGAUCACUGAGAUGAAAGUGAAGAUCGACCGACAGCUGCGUCUCCUCGGGGCCCUGAAGGACCGAGUCAAAGACCAGGUGGUGGAGAUGCAGCGGCUGGAGGUGGACAUCGACAUCAAGCUUCGCUCCUGCAAAGGUUCCUGCAGCGGCUACUCGGAGCACCAGGUGGACAAGGAGGGCUACGUGGAGCUGGAUAAACAGAUCAACCAGCUGGACUCCAGCUCGGCUCACAGCAUCAAGUCGGUGGGGACGCUCUACGUGAUGAAGAGCAGGCCGAUGCAGGGCCUGAUCGUUGACAGCAUCUACAAGUCUGGUGGUGGCCCGUCGAGGGGAGCACAGCACACACAAGAUGUUUUCAAGGAUGUGGAGAACAUCCAGUUGAUCCUCGAGGCAGAAGGCUCCCCCGCAUCCCCAGCCACCAUCACCAAGGACCAAGGUACUUUCUUCUCUAAAGCUUCAUCGUCACCCACCGGCGGCGGUUCUGCCUCCUCAUCUGCCUCCUCAUCCUCCUCCUCCUCCUCCUCCUCCUCCUCCUCCUCCUCCUCCUCCUCCUCCUCCUCCUCCUCCCCCUCGAAAUCCAUCACUGAGAUCGGAGGCGACGGAGGUUUGUUUGGUGGAGGGUUUGGAACCCACAGCCAACCCAGCACGGGCCACACGACCACCAAAUCCAUCUCCUGCACCAAGAGCAUCAAGACGACAGUUGUCCAUACGCACGCCGGCCCAGUGGAGAAGGUGGAGGAGGUGAUCGAGGGAGGCCCCGAGUGUCACGUCAUGGCCGACACUUCCAAGAACGCAAUGAGCUCUCUGUUCCCCACCCUUGGCCACACCUCCUCUAGCUCCUCCUCUAUAACCACCACGCACCACUCCGGAGGCGCUAAGGGAAGCCUCACCGACGACACCAAAUCUGGAUUCAGAUUAUUCGGUUCCGACAUCGAUGGGUUCUUGACGGAUCAUCCGGAAGAGGACGUUCCCGACUUCCACGCCCGAAGUGUGAAGAGCGCGCGUGUUGAGCGAGAAGCCGAUUAUGUAGGAAAAGUGUGCAUGAGGCUGAAGCAGCAGAAACAAGAUGGCCGACAACGCGUCCGUCGAACCCAGAGAAACCGAAGGAGACGGUGUCGAGCAGAGUCGGACGUGCCUCUGUGUUCAGAUGACGACUGGGUCUCUAAAUGCCCGUCCGGCUGCAGGCUGCAGGGUCUGAUCUCACAGAGGCAGAGGGACGUGGAGAGGAAACUGUGGAAGGUUUGCAAGACGGUGAAGUUGUACGAGGACGCAGCCGAGACGUCCAUGACGGCGAUGACUCAAGUCUACAACUCAAACCGCAGAGAGAUAGUCAACACAUACAUCUCGGAGCUGAAGUUUGUGGACGGCUCAGAGGAGUUGUCUCUAACUCUCACGUCCCUGCGGAGACGCUCGAGCAGUUUGUCCCAACAACUCAAAGAGCUGAGCGGCACCGUCAGGAAACAGGUGGAGGACUUGUACCGAGCGGAGGUGGACAUCGACAUGACGCUCCGGACCUGUCACGGCUCGUGUCGGUCGGCUCUACCGUUCACCGUCAAUCACCCCAGUUAUCAGGAACUGGAAACUGACAUGGACCAGAUGAACAGGGCCGUCCACCAGAGGACCAGAGCCGUGACACCACCUGAAGACACGGCACACGUCUCCAUCAAAACUGUUGAUAUGAGCCCGGCCCCGUCUUUGGAAUAUAGGAGCAUCCCAGUGGUCCAGAGAGAACUGCUGACCCAGUUUGAGGACAUAGGACAGAAUGAGUUAGGUCUGGAGGAGCUGCUGGACGUGGAGGUGCUAGAACAUUUUUGAAAAGGUGUUUCUCCUCCGUUUUAACAGUGCAAUGGUCAGAGUUUCAUAUUACCUCAUCUCAACAGUUUUAUUUAUAAGAGAACUUCUGUAAUGGAUUUUCAUUGCUGUGCUGCUUGUGGACAUUUUAUUUUAUGCAUGUUAGUAAAGACUAUUUCACAAUCGAAGAACUGAGUUACUUGUCUUUGUCCCUGUUAGAAUUGUUUCCCUAAAUAAGGCUCUUUAACGACAACUGUCAAAAUGUAAUUGUAAUAAAAUAACCAUGAGUAAACAAAGCUAAUAUUUAUCCUCCAAAAAAGCUAAAUGGAAAGAACAAGGCCAAACUGUGGAAACAUUUUUAAACACAGCACUUCCAUUUUAUUCUACAACAAAAGAAGAGAGGCAUCUGGAGAGCACCAGUCAAAGAACAGAGUCCAGUUCAUCUCCAGAAUCAACUGGACCUUCAGCCAAGCAAAGAAAAAGCAGUCCUUCUAUUUUAGCCCCAGAGGAAGAUGUGACACAUCUCCACUGUCCACGUGCACAUGCAGCAGAAAUGCAACGUUACUGUUGAAGCCUCUGCAGAAGCAAGAUGAAGUGGAGAGCAGGUCAGGAGUCAAAUGAAAAAUCUCAAACAGCACAAGACAGAGGAAAACAACCCGCUCCUCUCUACUGAGGAGAGAAGACUUCUUUAAAAACCACUCGAACUGGCCAAGGAACAGAAAUCACACCACAAUGGGUAACAAUCUAAUAUUGUAAUAUAAAUAUUUCAAAGGAAACAGAGACUCGUUAUCAGAGGGGUGUGUGACCCGAUGCUGAAAUACACUGUACACUCAGAGUGGUUUAGCCUGGCUUACUUGUAACUUAUAGAAACACAGUAGGUCGUACAAUCAUGAAAUUGUGACCAAACUUUCAAAUCUUUUGUUUCUGUCCAGCAUGCAUCUAUAGGCGAGUGGGACAUUUUACAGUAACAUGGGCUCGGAGGCGUCAGUGGCUGGAUGUGAGUUGUUUAACACAUGAAGGAAGCUGAACUCUGAGGGUUUGGAAACAGUGUCACGAAGCUUGAGGCAGAUUCCUGGAGUUAGUCUUAAAAAGCCUACCACUAUAAGAUCCUAAAGAAAAAUCAUCCCCCUCGAGACUGAAGUGUUUAAAUAAUAAUCUGAGCGAUGAAAAUCUCAACACAGGAAGUUGUCCUUUACAAUUCUCUGCUUAUUACAUUAAUAGGAACAAUGAUUCCCUCGCCGUGUACAUUCAAGCAUGAAAGGACCAGUGAGAAGGACCCAUGAGUCUGAGAACCUGGAGGUUUAUUUUCAGUAGAACAGCCUACAUUUCAAUAGAUUAUUCCAUUCAGAAAAGAUAAAUUAAAAAUGAUUGUUUUUCUCCAUAAUGUGAAAUUAAAAUGCUUGUGGACCUCAUCUUGUCUUCAAGUGAAAAUGCAUAGCAGGGUGACAGGUUGCUCCUCGGGGCUCGUCACACAUGGCUCUCGUAGAACACCUGGCAGGGAGCGGUCAUGUUAGCUGUUGGUUCGGGUUCGGCCUGUUCAGCGCUCUGCUCGCCCUCAACCUCAGCCUC